AGUUACAAUAAGGCUGCAAAGGUGUAUGUAUAAACUGAAGCAUGCAAAUAUAGCUUGUACAGAAUAGAUAGGAUAGAUGGGUUCAUGGCCCGAGCCAGCGCAAUUGCAGAGGACGACUGCGCCAAGAGGAUCAUCAUCACCAUGAGUUACAAAGUACAUAGCUAUUUGAGGUGGAGCCGUUCCGUAGGCCAGAGAGUUUGACUUUCGGGCGCGUGGCAGCGUGGCCCACGGCUUUUGACCUUGAAGCAUGAACCCGACAGUUCCUAAUGUUGACAUUGAUAAUCUUGUUUUCACUUCAUGGAAAGAGGUUAAGCAUAAGGCUGAGCCAAACAACUACAUCGAGUUCUUCUUAAUAACAGACACCGGGAACGAGGUGUUGGCCAUCAGCGCAGAGGACCAUGGCAACUCGCACUAUGGAUACCAGUCAACAGGCGCGUUCACGAAGUACGGCAUGCUGAACAGUAAAAAUCGUGCUGAGACGAUAAGCUGGCUUGAGAUGGUGGUCAAGGAGUCGCAGACGAGGACGGACUGCCCGAUGGGGCAGGAGGGUGCGCACGUGGGGGAGCCCACGCCAGACAACCCCCUGGGUAUCUACUUCACUCAGCACAAGGUUGAGAAGACGGCCAACCCGGAUGGCACACACACGCAGCGGUUCUUCCUGCUAGACCAGUACGGCAACUGGCACUUGGCGGUGCUGGGGGAGGAGCGCGAAACGCGCGACGGACACUACCUGUACUCGGCAACCGAUGAGUUCUCUGCUCGCUACCCGCUGCACUGCCACGCCCAGAAGGACGUCAUCCACUGGCUCGAGCAGCGCAUCACACACCACCUGCCGCACCCUACCCCACCGCACCCUACCCCACCGCAUGCGACCCCGCCUCCGGCGCCUCAGCUCUCAGGGCCGCACCCGGCCGCCAGCGCGCCGCAUGGCUUGGGUACAGCUGCAGCAGCAGCAGCAGCGCUCCCUGCGGGGCAAGGCCUUAGCGGCCACGGCGGUGGCGGCGCGAGUGGGCCUAGUACUGGUGCAGUUGGGAGCGGCUCAUGCGCUCAUGUGGACAGCAGCAGCGGCGGCAGUGGCUGGCAGCAGCAGCAGCAGGCGCUGCAAAUACACGUAGGACAGCAGCAGCAGGCGCAGGAGCCGUCGGCACAGACGCAGUAUUCCGCGGUGCCCCAGGGCUUUCAGCUGCAGCCGCAGGGACAGGUGCCGGGAUUGGGCAUGCAGACAACGACAGAAGCAGCAGCUGGUGGCGUCGGCCGCGGUGCAGGCGAGGGCGAUGCAAUGCCGCAGCAACCACAGCUGCAGUUUGUGAGCGACCCAGGCUUUCCGACCACGUCCGGGGAGCAGACCAUGCAGACGUUCCCCAUGGCUGCCUGGAGUGGGUUGCAGCAGCAGCAGCAGACGGCAGCUCUGACGCCUCCACUCGGCGGCACGCAGGCAUUCAAUUUGCAAGCCCAAACUGCCCCGGGCCUGUGGGGGACUUCGCAGUCGCUGACCGGACCGCCCGUUGCGCUACAGCCGCCGCAGCAAGGCAGCCAGCUGGCUGCACCGCAACAGCAGCAGUGUCCGGUUCCUAACCAGCUGGAUGGAUUGUAUGCAGUUGGGCAGCAGCAGCAACCUCCGCCGCCGCUGCUACAGCCGUCAGACGCACCAGCUGCGGGCCAACACGUUGCUGCUGGUAGCGGGCCGGUAGGGGCGGCCCCAGACGCAAUGCUGCACCAGUUCCCACAGCAACUCCCGCUUGCGCAACCGCAGCACGGGAGCUCGCAGGCUCCACCCUUCCUGCAGCCGGGUCCGUCCCCGCAUUGCCAGCAGCAGCAGCAACCGGCCCAACAGCCGCAUGGAAUGCUGCAGAAACUGGGCGAGGGAGGAACCCCUGCAAUGCAGCAAGGGCAGUUCCAACAUGCGCCGUCCACCGCUGUGGCGGCCAUGCAGCAGCCGCAGCAGCAGUACCAGCAGCUACCGUUUCCCAUGCAGCUGCAACAGCAGCAGCAGCAGCAAUUCCAGGGACAGCCACCCUUGCUGCCCCCGCUGUCGCAGUCAUCGGGGCAGCUUAGCAUGGCCGGGAGCAUGCCUGCAGGCGCUGGUAUGGGAUCACACCUGGCUGUAGGCAGCAGCGGACCCGUGCAGAUGCCGGGCGGUGCUGGUGCAGUGCAGCUAGCAGGCAAUGCGGGCAUGCAGUUACCGUCAGGUAACGGAUCCAUGCAGCUUCCAAUGCAGUUUCAGCCCUCCGGACCUGGGGGGAGUUUCUUCCAGCCGCUAGCGCCGCAGCAGCAACACCCACAAAACCAGCUGCAGCCGCUCGCUCAGCAAAUACACCUGCAGCAAUACCAGCAGCAGCAACAGCAGCUACAACAGCUGUUGCAAGGGACUCUUGGCAGCUUUGGCAUCAACGCAGGGCAGCUGCAGCCGCCACCUGCGCUGCAAGCCGGCCAACCGGCUCUUCCUACCCUUCAGCUCCCGAGUCCAAACUUCAGCUGCCUCCCGCCGCUUCAGGGCGCUCCAGGGGCGGGAUGGCCGCCUGCCUGCGGCACCCCCGGCAGCAGCAUGGGCUUGGCACCGCCACAGGCGCAGGCGCUCGACAUGGGGUCCUCCAUGUCGGCCCCUGCCGGAGGGCCCCCGCUGCCGCCGCUCAUGCAGCAAACACAGCCCCCGACGUUCAACCACGCUGGGUCGACCCUGCCCGGCAUGGGCCCUGUACCAGGGCUUGGGCCAUUCGGUCAGCUGAACGGCGCCCCACCAGUUGGCUCCAGCACGGCAGCAGCCAACGGUGUGGCAGGCAGUAGCUCUGCUCUGCCACCUGCACCGCCGCUCCUCCCAGGCAUGGAUCUUAGCGCCGGGCUAUGGACGCCUGACCCGUCGUUGUUCGGCUCUGUCUCCCUGGGGUCCAUGCCGGCUGGCUUCCCACCGCAGCCGCUCCUGCCGCAGCUUCCCGCCGGGCAGCCCAGCCCGCUACCUGACCUUGCCGGCACCGGCGGGGGCGGCGGAGGGCCGGCGCCGGACGGAUCCGGCGCCAGCCUAGCUGCUCUGGGCUUGGGCCCCACUUCCGCCCAGACGACCCCCGGCCUCAUGAUGCCCCCGGCUGUGGGUUUCACGCCUAACGGCGCUGGCGGCGGGGGACUGCCGCAGCCCUUCGCCACGCCGACGGGGGUGGCGGCGCUGCCGGCCGUGCGGACCAAGGAGGGCGGCCCGGGGGGGACGCAUCCCGGAGGUCGCGGCGGCGCAGGCGGCCGGGGCUCCGGCAGCAAGCACAAGCUGGCGGGUGUGGCUGAGGUGGCUCACAAGCGCAAGCUGGCUCGGAUAGCGGCGGCGGGCGAGGAGGCGGUUCGGGCAGCCCAGGGGGCGUACCUUGCCUCCCUGCGCCAUGCAGCCUUGUCGGAGGCGGCGCAGCAGGAGUCCCUGCGCAAGGCGAUCGCCAACUGGGUCCGGGGUCAGAUCUCCGAGGACGAGAUGAGCGUCAGUGGCUGGCAGGAAACCCUGGAGCAGAUGCUGCGAGAUGCCGACGGAAGCCAAACCGUCGCGACACGUUACCUCUCCACCGACCGUCUGCUGCAGCUAACGCGCAGCUCGGCGGGUGCGACCGCCCUCAGGGCAGCGCAGUCCGUAGCUGGGCCGCACGACAACCUGCUUCCGGGCAUCUUCACUACGGUGGCAACCGCUGGAGGAGCGGGAACCGCGUCGGCAGCUGCACCAGGCGAGGCGACUGCAGCAGUGCAUGCGGCUGUUGCUGCUCCGGCGGUGCUGCCGCCGCUGCCGGCGGCGGCGGUUAGCGCAGCCCCAGUUGCCGCAGCACCGGAGGCGGCUGCCGCACCGGUGGCAGAGGCGCCAUCUGCCCUGCCCUUCCAGGCUGAGGCGCUUGCUGCGGUGAGCAGCCUCAAGGCUCUCCUGCUGGAGGACUUUGACGGGUCGCUCUUCGGGGGCCUCGGCAGCAGUGGCGGCAGCGGCUUGAACCCCACCGCUGACAGCGGCACUUUACCGGCAGGCGCGCUGCCGGCCGUUGCAACAGCAGCAGAAGCAACCCCGGCACAGAGCACUGGAGCGCUCGGCGCCCCCCCAGCUCACAUGCAGGCGGCUCCAGGGACUGCUGCUGCUGCCGCUGCUGCGCCACAGCCGGUGCAGGCCGCGUUGGCGGUGCUGGGUGCGCAUCCCAAUGGUCAGCAGGAGCAGCACGCGCCGGGACAGGGGCUGCCGCCGGGACAGCCGCCACAGCAGCAGCUACAGCUCGCACCGGGCGAGGUACGGCCUGCCGAGGGCGCCCCUCCGUUGUCGUUGCAGGCACACGCCGGCGGUUCAGCAGCUGCACCCACCGGCGCGAACGCCCCCGUACCCGCCGCAGCCCCUGCUCUCGCCGCGGCUCCCGCCGCGGCAAACGUGUCUACCCUUCAGCCCGCAGCCUCAACCACGCCUGCUGCUGCUGCUGCCACAACCACCGCGGUGCCGUCCUUCCUCGCGACACCAGCACCCACCCCGUCCGUCCCCGCUUCGGCUGCCGCCACCGCCUUGCAGCUCACGCCGUCAUGCGCUGUGCCGCUGCCAGCCCUACCACCACCACCGGCCCCCGCCCCCACGCAACCCCCUGGGCCGAUGGGCUCCGCGGCCACCGUGGCGUGUGCGGGUACUGCCAGCAGCUGGGCGUUCAAGGACCCGCACCUGGCUCGUCACGGCGCGCGGGCGGCGCUGGAGUCGCUGCGGGAGGUGGCGGCGCUGUGCCCCCCGGUGGCCAGCAUGGCUACCAGCAAGCUGGUGGACACGGUCAAGCAGUACGUAUCGCACCCGCAUCCGGCGGUGUCCGGCCUCGCCGCCGACAUCCUCAAGCGCUGGCGCGGCACCCUGGUGCACCGCCUUCGCUCCAUGGCCGACUCGCGCUGCUACCAGGACCCGGUGGCCGCGCUGGAAGCCAGGAUCCAAGCCAACGAG